AUGUCGACUCAGUAUGCCACCGAGCCCACUCCGACCGCAUCGGCCACACUGAAUACUACCGUUGGCCCAAUUCACAUCGCUCUUUUCGCAAACCAGGUCCCUCUCACCUGCAAGAACUUCCUCCAGCACUGCAAGGAUAACUACUAUACUGGGACUAUUUUCCACCGUGUCUCUCCAGGCUUCCUUGUCCAAGGUGGUGACCCGACAGGCACAGGGUCGGGUGGUACUUCAAUUUACGAAUAUCCGGAGUUCGAAUACGAUCCCGAAGCACGCGAUCCGAACGAGCGAGUGGUUCUCCGAGAUGAGCUGCACAGCCGCCUGCGCUUUAACCGGCGUGGAUUGGUUGGCAUGGCUAAGAGCGAGGAUGGGACUUACGGUAGUCAGUUCUUCAUCACGCUUGACAACACUGAGCGGGAGCUGAAUGGGCAAUGUACCAUGUUUGGGCGAUUGGAGGGAGACAGUAUUUUCAAUGUGUUGAAGAUCGCCGAAGCAGAGCGUGUCGAAGGCACUGAAAAGCCUGUAUACCCAGUGAAAGUGACAUCCUGCGAGGUGGGAGAAUUGGGACCGAUGGAAGGCAAGUUGAAGGAUCGGAAGACCAUUUCGACAUCGACGGGUGAUAAGCCAGCAGCCAAGAAGAAGAAGAAAAAUCCCAAGGCUGGAAAAGUCUUGCUCAGCUUUGGAGGGGACGAAGGCGAGGAGGAGAUUCCUAUGCGACCAGCAAAGCCGAAGUUCAACACAAAACUAGUCGCCGAUGCGCCUGGCGCGAGUAACGAUGCACAGUCUGCCCCAAAGCCAAAUACAGAGUCUAAGCAGCCACGAAAGCGAGUACGCUCUCCAUCCCCGAAACGAUCGCCAUCAGCAGAACGCAAACAACGCCCGAAGACACCGGAGCCGCAGGCCCAACUCCCCAUACAAGACCCUGAAUCACCCGAACGAUCACCUACACCUGUAAAGGAAUCCAAACUCUCACGGACGAAUGCCGAAAUUGAAUCCCUCAAGGCAUCCAUGCGCCGCAAUAUUGACACUGGACCUGCCGACAAGGGCCACAAGAAAUCAGCUCUUGAAGCAAUGAUCCCCGAAACAGCGAUUCGAGGACGGAGACGCCCCCCGCCAGGCUCUACCAAUGGUGCUGCAUCCAAUGCAGGCUCUAGAAGCUCAGCAGAAAAUGAAGCACUCAAAAUGUUCAAUGCUUUCAAAGCUAAGCUCGAAGGUGCAGACACAUCGGCUUCAGCCCAAACAUCAAAUAAGGAUUCACAAACAAAAGACACAAAGAUGCAAGAUCAGGAUGAGGAUGAAGAGGAGCAACUCUGCGACCUGCACUUCAUCGUCAAUUGUCAGUCGUGUAAAUCCUGGGAUGAUCCGGAGGCUGCCACAGCAGAUAAUGCGGAAGAAGAGGAGGGAUGGAUGUACCACCAGCUCCGCUUUGGAAAGGAUACCCUGGGCAAAGAUUUGAACUGGAAGAAAGACCACCAAGCUGACGUGGACUCGCUCAUGGUGAUCGAUCCUCGUGAGAAGGAGAAGGAUCUAGCUACCGGUAGUGGCAGUGGUCGCAAGAGAGGCCUACAGCGGGACCGAGAACGGGAGCGCAAACGAGAGCGGGCGGGAGAGCUUGAAUGGGGUCGAGACAGGAGGCAGUAA